AUGGCCACUGUCAACAUUCGUCGGGAUGUCACCGAUCCCUUCUACCGGUACAAGAUGGAACGCCUGCAGUCCAAGAUCGAGGGCAAAGGCAACGGUAUUAAGACCGUCAUCGUCAAUCUGAACUCAGUCGCCCAGUCCCUCAGCCGCCCUCCUGCCUAUGUCAUCAAGUACUUUGGCUUUGAAUUGGGUGCCCAGGCCAAUGCCAAGCCGACCGACGACCGAUGGAUCAUCAACGGUGCUCAUGACGCUCCCAAGCUUCAGGACUAUCUCGAUGGCUUCAUCUCCAAGUUUGUGCUGUGCAAGAAGUGCAAAAACCCCGAGACUGAUGUCAUUAUCAACGGCGACAAGAUCACCCUAGACUGCAAGGCCUGCGGUCAGCGCACUGACGUUGAUCCUCGCCUCAAGCUGAGCACCUUCAUCGUCCGUAACAAUCCCAAGGGAGGGAAGAAGGACAAGAAGGACAAGAAGGCGCGCCGUGAGCAGAAGAAACAAGCUGCUAAUGGCGAGGAUGCUAGUCCUAUCGACAGCAACAACUCCGAGGAUGGUGAUGAAAACGGCGAUUACAUCCCCGAAGCUGGUAGCGAUGAUGAGCUUACCCGCCGCAUCAAGUCCGAAGCCCAAACCAUCGCGGCGAAAGCCGAGAUCCAGGACGACGACUGGGCUGUCGACGUGUCCGAGGAGGCGGUCAAGGCUCGCGCCAAGGACCUCCCUGAUGACCUCAAGCGCUCAUUGGUUUUGGAGGAUGGCGACGAUGAUGAGGCUGAUGGCCCAUCGUCUUACGAGCAGCUCGGCAGCUGGAUCCUUGAGACUGCUGAAGAGAAGGGCGAUGUGAGCAAGGUUAGCGACGUCGAGAUCUACAUGAAGGCCAAGGAAUUCGGUAUCGAGGCCAAACACAAGACUGUUGCCGUCCUGGCACAGAGCAUUUUCAACGACAAGAUCGCCAAGCAAAUCGAGGACCGUGCUCCCCUGCUCAAGAAGAUGAUCACUUCCGAGCGCCAUGAGAAGGCCUUCCUUGGCGGAACCGAGCGCUUUGUUGGGCAAGAUCACCCGGCCUUGAUCACUCAGGUCCCUGCUAUCCUUCUUGGAUACUAUCAGAACGAUAUUGUGUCCGAGGAAACCAUCAAGGCAUGGGGCGCUAAGGCCAGCAAGAAGUACGUCGAUAUUUCUACCAGCAAGAAGAUUCGCAAGUCUGCCCAGCCUUUCCUGGAGUGGCUUGAAAAUGCCGAGAGCGAGGAUGAGGAUGACAGCGAGGACGACGAGUAA